GUAUAUAAGUUAUAUAAAAUUAGUGUACAUUUUUUGCCACAAAGAUACAGUUGUAUGACAUUAGCAUCACAGAUACUAUCGCUCACUCGGAACCUAAUUUGCCCACGGUUGUAAAGAACGAGAAGAUACACUGACGCUGGGCUAACAAGUUAAACAUGUCUAUGAAUAUCGUAUAUAGAAUAAUCAUCCAGCUAUAACAGGACGUGUAAAUAAAGGUUGCCCUCUUCAUCGCAUCCAACAGCCACGCUAUUGUCACCGCCCGCAUCCAUCCGGACCAAUCGCAAGCUCUGCCCGCCAGAGAUGUUCUGGUUUUGCUGCUCCCCACUGAAGUAAAAAAAGUCUGCAGUGGAUUCGGUAGCAGAUGAUCCAGGUGCAGUUCACCGCAAAUACCGUCUGAAACUACGGCUAAGACCAUCUUUGCACUCCACUAUCAGCGCUAACAGCAACAGACGUCGACCAGGUAGCCUAUGAUAGCGUGGGGACAUGCCAAAUAGCGUCGUUCCUGUCGUAUUGAUCCCAUCAAGUCCGACAACGAUCGAAGCUAGGAAGAAAAAAAAGCAGGGAACAAUGGAUGGCUAUAUAACUGGAUGAGAUGGCCCCCCUCUUCCGUUUGUCCGCUUCGGCACAUAUCUAGAGCAUCCAGACUCUAUUUUCUAUCCAGGUCAUUUCGGAGAUCCCAGACAAGCUCCUAGCUACAGCAGCAGGAACUGACUAACACCAUGGCUUCCAUCAAGCACUCGAUAGCCCUUUUGUCGGCAUUGGCCACAAUUGGUGCUACCUCUCCUGCUUGCGAAGCAAAGCCCUGCUUCACCAAGCCUGUUGAUUCUCUCGAAACCCUCAACAAGACUCUCAACGGCCGUGUACAAGACAACAGACCCUUUGCCCACCCAUGCUUCUCCAUGUACGAGGGCAAGCCCGUCACCCGCGACGCCGCCGCAUGCGCCGCCAUCAUCGAAAACUACCACUCUGUUCCUUACCGUGCCGCCAUCGGCUCAGCAUACGGCAGCGACUCUUCCGACGCUUGCAUUGGCGACCCUGACGACCGCUGCAUCCUCGAUACCCGCCACGCAAACGACACAGCUGCCUGGGAAGGCCAAAACUGUCGCCAGGGCGAUGUCCCUCCUCACAUCAUCGACGUCCGUGGUGUUUGCGAUGUCCAGGCCGCACUGAGCUUCUCGCGCGAGACCGGCCGCCGUCUCGUUGUCAAGAACAGUGGUCACGACUUCAAUGCUCAUAGCAGUGGCCGCGGUGCCCUUGCGCUCUGGACCAGACAUCUCCAGAAGAAGGAAUACAACCCGGCUUUUGUCGCAGAGGGUGCCCCUGCCUCGGAGCAGCACCGUGCCAUUACCAUUGGUGCUGGUGUCAACUGUGGUGAGGCCUACGGCUUUGCCCGCGACAACGACAUCACCAUUCUUUGCGGAUACUCUGCGACUGUCGGCAUGUCUGGUGGCUGGGUCCUCAACGCCGGACACUCUGUUCUGUCUCCCGCCUUUGGUCUCGGCAUCGACCGUGUGCUUGAGUUCAAGGUUGUCACUGCUGAUGGCAAGCUUCGUGUAGCUAAUGCUCACCAGAACCAGGACCUUUUCUGGGCUCUACGCGGUGGUGGUGGCCAAGCCUUUGGUAUUGUGAUUGAGUCGACGCACAAGGCCGAGGCCAACUUCCCCGUGGUAAGCUCGAGCAUCAACUUCCCGAGCACCGACCUGCAAGACAUCAAGGACUGGGUUCGCCUGCUUGCCUCGGAGGCAGUUGGAUGGAGUGAAAAGGGCUGGGGCGGCCACAUCAUUGGUAACACCCUCGUCUACAUUACUGCAAAGGAGAGCCUUGAGGAUGCCAAGAAGACGAUGCAGAAGGCCACUGACUUUGCGCUGGCCCGCGGCGGCAAGUCUGACCUUGUCGCCUAUGAUAGCUGGCACCCAUUCUACGAGAACGUGAUUACCAAGAACCCUGCUAUGGCCGGCGGCAACCGUCUCCCCUACUCGCGAUUGAUUGCAAAGGAUGUCAUUGGUACAAAGGAAGGCCAGGACAAGAUUUACAACUUUUACGACGAGAACCUUACCGAUAAGAGCCAAGUCUACAUUGACGUCACUACGCCCAUUGUCUACAAGGACUACAAGGUCAACUCUACCUCGGCUACUGAGGGAUGGCGCAACUCGGUAUGGCAUCUGGUCAGCGGCCUUGAGUGGUCGUAUAAUGCUACCACUGAUACGCGCGAGGAUGUGAUUCGCGAUAUCAACCGCCGCACCCGCCAGCUUCACGACAUUUCCCCCAACACGGGUGCCUACAUGAACGAGGCCAGCAUGUACACGAGCGACUGGAAGCAGGCUUUCUGGGGCGAGGAGAAGUACGCCACGCUUCUUGCUAUCAAGAAGCGCUACGAUCCUGAGGGCAUCCUCAACUGCUUCCGUUGUGUUGGCUGGGAGGACAGUGAUGAGGCUUGCAUGUCUGCCUUUCAGAAUAUCGGCGAGUAAAUGCCACAGGCGGUAGUCGAUAUAAAAUGAGAACAAAAAGCGAAACAAAAGAAAACAAAAGGACAAAAUAGUGGGGAUGUUGCAUGCUCUAGCUAUACUUGGAAAGCUUCACAGAACAUGUUCCAUGUAAGGCGAAUAGUUCUUACAAACAGGUGAAGGAAUAGGAUGGUGACAACUUUCAUCCAUCCGUAUUAUAUAAUAAUUAAUUUAUAGACCAAGAUUUUACUUUACAAUUCUUAUGAUAAAAUCAGCCGCC